AUGUUCAGAUCAACUAUAUCACAAGUAGUAAGGUCAAGACCUACUUCUACUCCCUACAUAAGGUCGUUCGUAACGAGUCAACCUAAAUUGUUCUUGGAGAAUCUUUUCGGUACCAAGGAACUUAAAAAGAGAGAAGAAAUCGUUAAACAACAAGAUGAUUUUGAAAUUGAUCCAAAUGCCAAUAUAGUGAUAUUGAAUGAAGAAAACUCUAAGGGGUUCCAACCAUUUGAUCCUGAAGUUGAUUUAGCGGGAUUUAAAGUCGAACAAUGGAAGUCGAAAGUGGUUAAGACUCAAGAUAUUGAAUCCACUUAUACCAAUCAAGAUUUAAUUAAUAUUAUUAAUUCCACUUAUAAACAAACCAAACUGGUUGAUCAAGAUAUUAACGAAGCUGACUUCAAAAGUGUUGAUUUAUAUGAUUUAUCAUUCAGAUUUCAAUUUUUCAAACAAUUACAAAGUAAUUUAGGAUUUGAUAUUAAUGAUUAUGUGAUUUCUAAGACUCAUGAUUUGAAUCAAGUUUAUGAAGAAUUAUCCAAAGUCAUUAGUCAAAGAUGGGUAUGGGAAAGAAAUCCUAAUGGGAUCGUGUUGAGAAAUGAUGAUUUCAAAGCUGGAAAUGUUUAUUUGAGUCAAGAAUUAAAUGAAAAGGAUCAAGCUAAGGUUUUCGAAUCUAUCGUUGAAGAAAUUAAUAGUAAUAAGGAUGCUGAAAAGGCUGUGUAA